CUAAUCGAACGACCAACGCAGGAUUUUGACAAAUUAUCCACGAACAGUGGAAAAUGGGGUCAUUUCUUUCGAUUCCAGUGAAGCAAAAGCCUGAAAUAUAUGAGCUUCCGACUUGGGUGCAAAGAGACGAUGAUGAGAUAUUCCAAGAAUUCAAUGAAAACAUUUGUAAAACCAUGCGUCGGCAGAAUUUGCGUUCCAGACAGGAAUUGAACCUCUUGAAUGCAUACAGACGUAACUGGAGUUCAGUGGUUGAAAAAUUGAUGAAAAAAUACCCCAAGUGGUCUUCUGAAGACAUCUUGAACCUUAGAUAUCGGUAUGAGAUUGUGGCCAAACGUUAUGGCUUUCUUCUCCACUUCUGUAACUUCAAUGAGCUGCUUGACUCCAUUUCUGAUGAGUCUUCUCCUGAGCAGCGCAGAGAGAUGUUUAGCAGUGUAGACACCCAUCACUUCUACGCACUCAACUUCAAGGAAUAUCUUCAGAUAAUGGAUAAAAUAGGCAUUGAAACACCCGUACCUAGGCCUCCAGGAGUUGAUGAAGACAGAGAUGAGAUUAUGGUCUUAAUUGAUGAUUUAUUACAAUGUCACAUGAGUACCCAGAUGGUCUAUAAAGUAUUCUAA